CACACUGCUGUUAUUGAUUCAGUGCUGUCAGGUCACAGAAGUACACCGUCUGCCUGUCACCUCGUCUCCACACACCUCUCUCAGACAUGGGGCUUUACCAUAAAGAGUUCGAGCAGGCUGGAAACAGCGCCGGUCUCCAGAUAUGGAGAAUUGAAAAGAUGGAACUGGUCCCUGUGCCUAAGAACUUGCAUGGAAGCUUCUAUAUAGGCGAUGCCUACCUGGUGCUCCACACUGUCAAACAGAAGAACUCGUGUUUCUAUGAUCUGCAUUACUGGCUGGGUAAAGAUUGCUCCCAAGAUGAAAGUACAGCCGCGGCCAUCUUUACCAUUCAGAUGGAUGACUACCUAGGAGGUAAACCAGUCCAGUACCGUGAAAUCCAGGGCUUUGAGUCCAACAACUUUACCAGCUACUUUAAAGGCGGGAUCACAUAUAAGACCGGAGGUGUGGCAUCUGGAUUUCAACACGUGGUCACCAAUGAUCUUACUGCCCGUCGACUCUUCCACAUCAAGGGCAGGCGCACUGUCCGGGCCACAGAAGUGCCUCUCUCCUGGGCCAGCUUCAACAACGGCGACUGCUUCAUAGCUGAUCUAGGAGCAGAAAUCUACCAAUGGUGUGGGUCUAAGUGCAACAAGUUUGAGCGCCUCAAAGCUGCACAGGUGGCCACUGGCAUCCGAGACAACGAGAGGAACGGACGGGCCCAGCUGGUGGUUGUAGAGGAAGGACAGGAACCAGCAGCGAUGAAGAAGGUUCUCGGUGAGAAGCCUGAGAUUCCUGAAGGCGACGACAACGAGGAUGCGGUUGCUGACAUGUCAAACAGGAAAAUGGCCAAACUUUAUAUGGUAUCAGAUGCAACAGGAAAAAUGCAAGUGUCACUUGUGUCAGAGGAGAAUCCGUUUACCCAAAGUGACUUGUUGUCUGAGGAAUGCUUCAUUCUGGACCAUGGAAAAAACAAAAUGAUCUUUGUAUGGAAAGGCCGCAACGCAAAUCCAAGUGAGAGGAAGGAAGCCAUGAAAACAGCUGAGGGCUUCAUUAAGCAGAUGGGAUAUCCCGCAAACACCCAGAUCCAGGUCCUUCCAGAGGGUGGAGAGACACCCAUCUUUAAGCAGUUCUUCAAAAACUGGAAAGAGAAGGACCAGUCUGAGGGUCUAGGCAGAGUCUUCGUCACCGAGCGGAUCGCCAAGAUUCAACAAGCCGAGUUUGAUGCCUCAAAGCUGCAUGAGUCUCAGCAAAUGGCUGCUCAGUACAACAUGGUCGACGACGGCACUGGAAAAACCCAGAUUUGGAGAGUGGAGAGUGGAAAUACUGGAGGAGAUACCAAGGUUCCUGUAGACCCAGAGACAUAUGGCCAGUUCUAUGGAGGGGACUGCUAUAUUAUUUUAUAUACUUACACCAGGGGACAAAUCAUUUACACUUGGCAAGGUUCCAGCAGCACAAUAGAUGAACUGACAGCUUCAGCCUUUCUCACUGUUGAACUGGACCGUUCGCUGGGAGGAAAUGCUGUUCAGGUGCGAGUGACUCAAGGGAAGGAACCACCUCAUUUGCUGAGUCUCUUCAAGGAAAAGCCUCUGAUCGUGUAUAAGAAUGGGACUUCUAGGAAGGGGGGGCAGGCACCCGCACCUCCAACCCGCCUCUUUCAAGUGCGCAGGAACCUGGGCACCAUUACACGAAUUUGUGAGGUGGAUGCUAAAGCAUCAAGCUUGAACACCAAUGAUGCCUACCUGCUGAAGUUACCACAGGGGGAUGGGUACGUGUGGAACGGGAAGGGGGCGAGCGAGGAAGAGGAACGAGGGGCAAAGUACAUGAGUGAGAAGCUGAAGUGCAAAACCAAGUCAGUUACUGAAGGAAAUGAGCCUGAGGACUUCUGGAAGGCUCUGGGUGGAAAGACAGAGUAUCAGAAAUCUGAGAUGUUGCAGAAUAAAACUAUACCCCAUCCUCCCCGUAUGUUCGCCUGCUCCAACAAAAGUGGCAGGUUCAUCAUUGAAGAAGUUUCUGGUGAGUUUAACCAAGAUGACCUGGCAGAGGAUGAUGUCAUGUUACUGGAUGUCUGGGAUCAGGUCUUUGUGUGGAUUGGAAAGGAUGCCAAUGAGGUGGAGAGGACUGAGUCUGUAAAAGCUGCAAGGACUUACAUUGAGACAGACCCAUCAGGACGAGACAAGGGGACUUCUGUGGUGGUGGUAAAGCAGGGGCAUGAGCCCCCCACAUUCACCGGCUGGUUCCUUGGGUGGGACGCCUCGCGAUGGGACAGUGACCUCAUGGCAAGAGCAGUGGGAUCACUGCAGGUGAACUGAGGACUGCAGGUUAACUCAACAGACUUAUCUGGGGAGAUAAAAACAGAUAGUUGUUUACUGAAGCAUGAUUCGUGAAUUGUAUUGGACUGUUAUU